GGACCAAACAGCAGGACCAGGAAUCCCCGGUGAACUUAGUAGACUGGGAGUAAGAGCUGAGAGAGAUCCCUAACGAGGAGCCGCCACCCAAAGGUUGGCUGAUGUGGUAUCUCCGACUCGAGGAAGCUUCCCGUGCAUUGUAUCGGUGAUGAGUAAGACGGCCGGUGGUGAGAACGGACCUGUCGAUCGGAGUCGCAAGUGGAACCCGAUGAAGAUUUUGUCAGCGCCCUUUUUUAUCCAGAGGAUUAAUCCCAAAGAGGGAAUUUUUUGAAAAAACAGAGAACUGUCAGACUUUUGCGCCAAUCAGGAUCAAGGAUCCGCUGGUCCGAGGGGGGAUGUGUCAGGCGUAAAGUUGGUUAAAGACCUUCCUCGAAACUCGUGGCUGGGAGAACUCUUUGUUGCCGUAGCUAAUUUGAAUUAUUUAAUGAAUUUGUCCGUUCACGUGCACGUUGCCUCUAUUUCCUUGGAUUAAGACAAAACUCUGAAACACUUAACUUUUUUCUAUAAAGUUAAAAAGAGUUCUAUUCACACAUUGAAGUUUGAACCAAGAUAACAAAACAUGAUUUUUUUCUUUAAUAAAGAGGAACAAGAACAACGUUUCUUUUUUCUUUUUUCUCAUGAAUUGUUUGAAUUCAAUGGCGAAUCCACCACUUGAGUCUCCGACCAAUCCACAUUUCUUCCAGCCACUUCUUCUCGGUUUCGACACUCACCUCACAAUACCAGUUGCCUUCUUCUCAAAGCACAUAGAAGGAAAAAACAAGCAGAAAACAGCUAAACUUAGAUCACACGCUUCAGAUAAAACUUGGGAAGUGACAAUAGAUGGUCGGAGACUCACCAGAGGCUGGAAAGACUUUGCCAAAGCACAUGACCUUCGAAUAGGCGACGUCAUUAUCUUCAAACACAAAGGAGAUAUGGUGUUUAACGUCACUCCAUGCGGUCCUAACUGUUGUGAGAUUCAGUAUGCACAAUCUCACCUCAUCAAGGAAGAAGAGAAGGACAACAGUGAUGAUGACAAUGAGAAUCAUUGUAGAACAAAUAAGAAUCUAAAACCUGAGAGAGAGCCAAAGUCCUCUUUCGCAUUCGACUACUGUUUUGUAGCACAAGUCACUGCUUCAAAUCUAAGACUAGACACACUUGAUCUUCCUAUGGAAGCUGCGAGUUCAAAUGCUCUAAACAAACAAUGCCACGAGAUGAUAGUAGUGAACAAAGAGGGAAACUCAUGGACUGUGAGUUUGAGAUUUAGGGAAUCAAGCAGAAGUUAUUACAUCAGAGGAGGCUGGAGAAGAUUCUGCCGUGAUAACAGACGAAAAAUAGGAGAUUUAAUGGUGUUUAAUCUGGUGGGAGACGGCAAGACUUCUCCCAUGAUCUGUAUCUGUCCUGAAGAAGAGUGUUCAGAACUAGUGAGGAAGACAAAGAGGCGUUCUAACUGGGUGGCUUCAUCAUCUUCAAGGAGAAACCGUUUUGUCACAAUCUCUCUCACACGUUACAACUUCAGAAGCUCCAAACUUAUUCUUCCAGCAACUUUCAUGAAGAUCAACGGUAUCAAGAAGCAGAAUGAGAUAAUCCUUAUGGACAAACAUGGCGUGAAGUGGGUAACGAAGCUGGUGAAGGAUGGAUCAAAAUAUGGGAAAAGAGGAUUGGGAAAAGGAUGGAAAGAUUUCUGUGAAGCUAAUGAUGUAUUGAAGAUUGGUGAGCCUUUUCUGUUGGAGUUGGUUUGGGAAGACACACUUCCUGUUCUUAAGUUUUGUUCUAAGGUCAAGGUUGAAACAAUCUGUGACUGAAGAACAGAGUAAUUUAUUUACUGUCUCUAAAUUAGAUAACAGUUGCCAUUAAUUCGCUACUAGUAACAAUACUGCUGUAUGUUAGUAUGCACAUGCUGAAGUCUAGUUAAUACUAGAAUCAGUUAGCUUGGGUGAUACAAAGAUAAAUGUGGUGGUUAAAGAAAAAAGUUCAAAAUAUUUUUUAGCUGUCUCCUGGACCUUUAACAAAAAAAAAAGCCGUCUCCU